AUGCUUUUGACGGGUUUUUGCAGCAGCAUUUGCUUGAUUUUGGCUCUCAGUUUCACAGGACUCGGCCGGUUACUGACAGUGCCCACUAUUCCUGGAUUCAUCGAGGGCAACGGCACAUUUCCCAUCCAUCAUCUCAAAAGCAUCGUGGUGGACUCACGCUACUCAGACCAUGUGGACAACAAUGGCCAGACAUUGAUUCCUCCGACGCUCCAGGCGUUCGCGUCUACUUUCCAAGACGAUCUUCGGUCGUCGUUGGGUCUGGAUGUGCCGCUCACUUUCAAUAGGAGCAGAGGGCACAACACGAUCUUUCUGACUCUCGCAAACCAUACCGGCUUUCAGGAUGUUGCUGGGCGGUGGACCUCGGAGGGAUAUGCGUUGGAAGUCGAUAGCCAUGGAAUCACUAUUGCUGGAGCGAGUCCUCUCGGGGUCUGGUGGGGAUCGCGUUCAGUGAUCCAAGCAGCUGUUCUGGGUGGCCAUGGCCAUGCUCUCCCGCAUGGCUCUGCGGUCGAUGCGCCUGGUUGGGCCAGUCGAGGAGUUAUGCUUGACGUCGGUCGCCAUUACUACCCACCUCACUUCCUGGUAGAGAUUUGCUCGUAUCUGUCCUUCUUCAAGCAGAACGUGUUUCACUUACAUCUUAGCGACAACCUCUACAAUAACGUUGACCUAUAUUCAACGCAAGCUAGCUUGGAUCUGUAUGCAUCCUUUCGCCCGUGGUCCAAUGAUCCAGCUCUCGCAGGCCUCAACAGGCGCGCCAAUGAGUCAUAUACGCAAGCCCAGUUUGAUCAGAUUCAGCAGCAGUGUGCUCGUCGGGGUGUCACCAUCAUACCUGAGAUUGAGGCUCCGGGCCACGCUCUAGCAAUCGUUCAAUGGCGACCGGAGCUGGGUCUCAAGGAUCUCAGCAUGCUUAAUAUCAGUCACCCGGAUACAAUUCCUACCAUGAAAACCAUCUGGAAAGCACUCCUUCCCUGGUUUCACAGCAAGACCGUCCACCUCGGGGCGGACGAAUACAACUCUUCCUUGGUAGAUGAUUACACCGGCUUUGUGAAUCAACUGAAUGAUUAUAUCCAGGCGGAGUCUGGGAAAGCUGUUCGGAUCUGGGGCACCUUCACACCUUCGCAAGGCGCCAAUGUUAGCAAGGAUGUUUCGAUCCAGCACUGGGAAUUCUUUGAGGACAAUCCUUAUUUUGACUACAUCCAGAAUGGAUACAAUGUUCUCAACUCCGACGACGCAUUCUACAUUGUCGGGAAGUGGUCUGGGAGUUAUCCUCAGUAUCUCAACAAGACCAGAGUGUUCCAUGGAAACCCCGCUGGAGGCGCAUACGCACCUAACAUCUUCGAUACAAAGAACGCCACGAACAACCCACCCCGUGAUAGCCCGGGUGUGCUAGGGCACAUCGCCGCCCUCUGGAACGACUAUGGUCCCAAUGCUACCACUGUCUCGGAAGCAUAUUAUUCAUGGCGAGAUGUCCUUCCUGCCCUGGGCGACAAACAGUGGGGUGGCGAUCUUCUCGAAGCUGAAUAUAACAGCAUAUUUGACAAACUCCACGCAGCUGUUCCUGGGCAGAAUCUGGAUCGUCGAAUUUCGAGCAAAGGAAAGCGGAUUCUCGAGUACCGAUUUACUCAGAACGACAGUACCAGCGUCGAGGACUUCUCAGGGAACAACUACCACGGCACUGUCCACGACUGCCAGAUCCGCCACUCAGCCAUCACCUUCUCCGAUAAUUGUUACCUGCAAACGCCGCUCACCAGUAAAGGCAGAGACUACACGCUCUCCUUCUCCGUCAAGCCCACUUCUCAAGUGCCGGGAACGCUUUUCUCUGGCUUUGACUCCACGCUUCUCAACGGUAACGGGUCGAUCAGCAACCUCACCCUUGUCAGCGGUGGUAACGCGUACUCGCUGAACUAUAGUCUCCCGGUCGAUGUCUGGACGGAUGUGAGUUUGGUCGGUAAGGGGAAUCGAACGUUUCUUCGGGUAUCGGAGGCGAAUGAUCAGGAGGCUAGUAUGGAGUUUCUGACGAGGUUGGGUGUGGAUGGGGAUAGUCUGGUAUGGGCGCCUAUUGCGAUCGAGGCGCCUUUGGCUCGGGUCGGGGAGGGAUUCACAGGGUUGAUGAGAAAUAUCUCGCUAUGGGGGUUUGCGAGGUAA